UGGUAUGUGCUGUGUAGUGUAUACCACCCAUAUUUGUGAAGCGUGGAAAGAAGCCUCGAACCUUUAUCGUACUUAAUGAAAAUUUUAAAGUUGUGUGAUACUUGCAUCAUUUAAUUUAACAAGAAUUGUGUUUAAAUAAAGUUUGUCCUGUUCUGUAUUCCUUUGAAAAUGGGCGAAGAAGACAAGCUUGAGGACGUAGAAGCUGGAGCAGAUACAAAAUCAAAAAAGGCUUUAAAAAAGGCAGCCAAAGAUGCUGAAAAAGCAGCUAAGAAAGAAGCAAGAAAAUCUGCUGGACAAGGAGAAGGUGAUAAAGAGGAAACAGACGUGUCAGAAGGUAAAUAUGGUACUUUUGGCUUAAUACGCAGCAGUGAUGAAGAUAAAAACCGAAAAACUUCAUUUACUCAUAUCAAAGAUUUAUGCCCUAGCAUAACAAAUCAAGUUGUUUUGGUGAGAGGCAGAUUACACACUAGCAGAGCCAAAGGGAAGCAAUGCUUUAUGGUACUACGUCAACAGCAAUUUACAGUUCAAUGCUUGGUUAAUGUCUCUGAUACUGUAAGUAAACAAAUGGUCAAAUUUGCAUCAAACAUAAAUAAAGAGACAAUUAUUGAUGUCAUUGGAUUAGUAAGCAGUGUGCCUAAAGAGAUUGAAGCAUGUAGUCAAAAAUUAGUUGAAAUUCAUGUUCAAGAAAUUUGGAUUGUAAGUGAAGCCAAGAGUCAACUUCCUCUACUGAUUGAAGACGCAGCAAGACCUGUCAAAGAUGAUGAUCAGGAAGGCCUCAAUAUUAAGGUAAACCAAGAUACUCGUUUGGACAACCGUAUACUAGAUUUACGAACACCAGCAAACCAAGCCAUUUUUAGAUUAGAAGCUGGAGUUUGUAGACUUUUUAGAGAUAUUCUUACUGACAAAGGAUUUGUUGAAAUUCACACCCCUAAAAUUAUCAGUGCAGCAAGCGAGGGUGGAGCUAAUGUAUUUACAGUUUCCUAUUUCAAAUCAUCUGCAUACUUAGCUCAAAGUCCCCAGCUGUAC